AUGACACUCCUCCUAACUACUACCGCUGACCUGGGCAAGGCCGGCCGGGGCGUCCAGGUGGUACGACAUAAGGAAGAUGCCGAAGAGCUGGCCAAGAUCGAUGCAAUUUUCGAGCGCAUUCGCAAAGUCGUUCCAACGGAACCCUACAUUCUGUCCACGCCAAGCGACUUCCCCUACCACCGUGUCGACCACCAAGAGCACCGGAGCUGGAUGAUUGAACACGAUAUACGGCCUUCGGUCCACUGUCACGACCGAUUGCAGAAAGAGGCUGCAUUGGCAUCCCAACGACCUGAAAACACUGCUUUUGCUUCCGCUUUGCCAAACACACUGAAACGAAAACGUGACUCCACCGACCCCGAAGAGCAAGAGAAACGCCUCGCACCCACGCUUCAUCCUACGAAUACUGCCGAAACUCCUACAUCUUCUCCUAGAAUUCGAGAUGCCGCUCCUACCUCCGACGAGCGACCUUCUCUUGGCAAUCUCCCUGCCGAAUUGGUCGACGGAAUAUGCAAACAUCUAGACGAAAAGUCGCUAUUGCAGCUGCGCCUUACCUCCAGAGGAAUGUACGGAAAGUCACUAUAUCAGACGACAACUCUUGCCUUCCGAGAGAUUCGUGUCGUGUUGGGAGAGGAUUCUAGGGCCGGCUUGAAUGGCUUCAUCGAUAUGGUGAUGCAAAAUCCAGAUCUCACGAAAUACACAGAGAAGGUUGUGAUCGCAAUCAGUGACGCCUUUUUUGUUGGAGAUAUGGACCUCGAUCUGCCCUCAGAGGUCCGCAAACAGCCUGCCAAAAACCUCAUCUUCAACAUUGGGCAUCUACGCCCUGGAAGCUCUGCAAAACCUGGACGCCAAAGCUUGUUCUCACGGCUCGUUGAGGCCGCACCGAACCUCCAAAAUGUCCAAAUCAGCGGCAGGAAGAAGCACUUGUGGAAGGACCUGCACCAGACGCAACUCAGGCUGAACUACGACUGGCUCAACUUUGACACGAGCUCCAUGUUCUGUCAACUCGAGACAUUAGACCUUCGUACCGUUGUGUUAGAUACUCAGCGGCUGUCAAACCUGUUAAAGAGUCAAGAGGCAACGCUUACUCAUGUUCACCUUGAAGGUGUUGACCUUGGGCCAAACGGGGACUGGCAGAAGAUCAUCGAGGACCUGAAGGCUUUGCCCAAACUUGAGGAUUUUUUCCUUCGGGGACUUGGAUGUGAUGGCCUUAGUGCUUGGUUUGAUGACCAGGAAGAGAUAGAAAGGAACUCAGGCUUCCAAGCCUACAAUGAUCAGUUCUAG